UGUAUGCUCGUAGGAGAAUGUCUGGAAUAAUUCAAUUCUUGUUACUGGUCAGCGCGACCGUGGCUUCCGAACCGUCCAAUCCAGCGUGCUCCAAAUACGACUAUGAGGAAAAGAUGCUCGAGAGAAUGAUCCGCAUGGAGUUCGCGUUUGAAAAAUUGGGCGAAAAAGUGGAGCAAAAUUUGAACAAUAUCAAAGAUGAGAAAGAACGUUUUCGCUCGGACGUGGAUGUCAUGAAGGAGCAAGAAGAACGUAAACUGGCUUCGCUCAUGAAGGAAGUUGAGAGAAACCAGUCAAGCACGCUUAAUAAGGUUGUGACUGAUUCGAAAAAUAGCCUAGAGCAAAUGAAUGCCGCCUUUAGUAAUAUUCAAGACCAAAUCGCUAUUCCACUGGUGUAUUUCCACGCCCACUCUCCACAGUCCAGCAGCCUGUCCACAGCCGAGGUGAUAGUUUACAGGACAGUGGAGGCCAACCAGGGCAACGGCUACAACUCAAUCACGGGCAAGUUCACUGCUCCGUACGAGGACUCUACUUGCUCUUUAUGCAGACAUGUACUGCUACAAAGAAAAUUGCUUAUCUCCAGAUGGUGAAGGAUGGCUCAGUCCUCAUUGCAUCAUUGCAAUAUGGCAAUGACGCUUCUUCCUGUUCAAGUAGUCAGGUGUUUGCUCAGCUUGAUGCCGGGGAAACUGUUUGGGUACAAUGCUCUACUGGGAGUUCGAACAGACAAGUGUAUGAGGAUCAUCCUCAUUAUUGGACCAGUUUUGGUGGUGCUCUCAUUAACAACGUACGUGCAUAGGCCAAUGUUCAUUAAAAGCACAAGACAGAAAAUGUACAACGAAAGUGGAUGUAAAUUUCACAGUUAUUUACUAAUUAUAUAAAGAAAGAAAUUGUUAUUACGUAAAUGAAUUUCGUUAUCACAUAUACCGUAAUAUUAACAUUGUUAGGUAUCGCCUGAUUAGUCCGACUUUACGCUGCAUCAUGUUAAUAUUUUCUUUAAACUGACAACACAUAUGUUGAAAAGGAAUUAUUGUUUUUGCUAUAACUAAGAACACUGUAUACUCCUAAUGUAAGCUUUGCCGACUCAAUAUUAAUCCUUAUUUGUAUAUGGUCAGUAACGCAUGUAUCGUUUUUCUUCAGGCCGCUGUUUUAAAAACUUUAUCCAGAAAAAAAAAUGUUUUGUGAAUUGAUGAGUUCACAUUAAUAAAAUAUCUUCAUACACAUACUUAAAAGUCGAUGUUAAAUAUUUUAGAAGUCGACUCUUUCAUUUAGAUUUCAAACUGUAAUUCCAUUUAUGUAUUUACAGAA